AUUGAUGUGACGUGGCUCAUAAUUUUUAAUUUUUAAGCCCAUAUCGCCAAAAAGCCGAAACCCUGGUGGCCGAGCUCGAUCCCACUCCCGCCGGGUUUCAGAUCAGAAUCAGAGGCGCCGCGCCGGAGUGGCCAACGAAGCGCCGCUCCCUCCCUCCCGUUCGAAUUCGGGUUUCGGCGGCCUCCUUCCCUCGCACCACCGCUCCUCCUCCUCCCCUCUUAACCGCAUCGAUCCGCUCGCCAUUUCACCAUCGCCGCGCUAAACCCUAGGGGCCCACCGCCACCGCCGACGACGAUGGCCGACAAGGAGAAUGCCGCCCCCGCCGCCGCCGCGGGGCCGCGGCUCACCCGGGCCGCGGCCAAACGCGCCGCCGGGGCGGCAGCCGGCGGCGCCGCCAAGCGGAAGCGGGUGGCCCUCGGCGAGCUCCCCGCCCUCUCCAACGCUGGCGUCCUCCGCGCGCCCUCCCAGCCCGUCAAGCCCUCCAAGUCCGCCGCCAGGCCCGGCAAGGCAGCCAGGCGCAGCGCGGGGGAGGCCCGUCAGCCCGCCGCCGCCGCAGCGGCCGAUGCCGACCGCUCCGCAUCCUCCUCUCCACCGCGCGCCGCCGCCGCCGAGACCGACCCAGACUCCUCCGCGUCCUCUUCCCGCCCGCGCGCCGCCGCGGCCGAUGCCGACCUCUCCGCAUCCUCCUCUCCGCCGCGCGCCGCCGGGGCGGCGGCCAGCGGCGCCGCCAAGCGGAAGCGGGUGGCGCUCGGCGAGCUCCCCACCCUCCCCAACGCCGGCGUCCUCCGCGCGCCCUCCCACCCCGUCAAGCCCUCCAAGUCCGCCGCCAGGCCCGGCAAGGCCGCCAGGCGCAGCGCGGGGGAGGCCCGUAAGCCCGCCGCCUCCUCCGCCACAGUGGCCGAUGCCGACCGCUCCGCAUCCUCCUCUCCGCCGCGCGCCGCCGCCGCCGAGACUGACCCAUACUCCUCCGCGUCCUCUUCCCGCCCGCGCGCCGCCGCGGCCGAUGCCGACCGCUCCGCAUCCUCCUCUCCGCCGCGCGCCGCCGCCGCCGAGACCGACCCAGACUCCUCCGCGUCCUCUUCCCGCCCGCGCGCCGCCGCGGCCGAUGCCGACCUCUCCGCAUCCUCCUCUCCGCCGCGCGCCGCCGCCGCCGAUGCCGACCCAGACUCCUCCGCGUCCUCCUCCCGCCCGCGCGCCGUCGCCACCGCGGCCGAUGCCCCGCCUCGCGCCGCCGCCACCCAGCUCUGCGGGGCCUACGCCUCUGACAUCUACACCUACCUCCGCUCCCUGGAGGUGGAGCCGCGGCGGCGGCCGAGAGCGGACUAUAUUGAGGCGGUGCAGGCGGACGUGACGGCCAACAUGCGCACCAUCCUCGUCGACUGGCUCGUCGAGGUUGCCGAGGAGUACAAGCUCGUCGCCGACACGCUCUACCUCGCCAUCUCCUACAUCGACCGCUUCCUCUCCGCCAACGCACUCAGCCGCGACAAGCUGCAGCUCCUCGGCGUCACCGCCAUGCUCAUCGCUGCCAAGUACGAGGAGAUCGGCCCGCCGCACGUGGAGGACUUCUGCUACAUCACAGACAACACCUACACGAAGCAGGAGCUUGUCAAGAUGGAGAGCGACAUACUCAAGCUCCUCGAGUUCGAGUUGGGCAAUCCUACCAUCAAGACCUUCCUAAGGCGGUUCACAAGAGCUGCCCAUGAGGACAGAAAGUUGUUGCAGCGCUCCAUCUUGUUAUUGGAGUUCUUGGGGAGUUACCUUGCUGAGUUGAGUCUACUGGACUAUGGCUGUCUCCGGUUCUUGCCAUCGGUGGUUGCUGCUUCAGUGGUGUUCGUUGCUAGGCUGACCAUUGAUCCAGACACCAAUCCUUGGAGCAAGAAAUUGCUGAAGGUGACAGGCUACAAUGUUUCGGAACUGAAGGAUUGCAUUAUAGCCAUACAUGACUUGCAGCUCAAUAGGAAAUGUUCAUCUUUAACGGCAAUUCAAGAUAAGUACAAGCAACACAAGUUCAAAUGUGUAUCAAUGCUGCUUCCCCCUGUUGUGAUCCCUACUUCAUACUUCAAAGACCUUACAGAGUAGCUGUUCUUGGGCUGUGCUCUUCUUGAGCUCUUAGGGAUUGGGGAGAAUUACUGUUGAGGAGCUGUUUCUCAGUGCCGGUGAAGUAGGGUGCUGAAAGCUAUCUAGAUGCUGGAGGUUCAUUCAGGAGCUACUGAAUCACCAGUAGGAGGCCAGGCAUUCUCUUGUUUUGCGAAGUGUACUUUUUGUAUCAUAUUUUAGAACGUGUUGCGUUGGCCUGUGGGCCACAUUUAUAAUGUUUGAUAUGUUAGCCCAUUCCAUCAGAUUGAUUUCAAUAACGUCUAUUACCAGUCAAGUGUGUAAAAAAUACCUACGUGCAGGGGCAGAAUUAGAAAUGACCUAAGUAAUACUACAACUUGUACUUCGAAGA